AUGCACCAAUCGCUGGGAUAUGUGCUGACGUCGCUUCUGCUCUCGUUGAUCGUCCGGCUGUGCGAUGGCAAUUGCAAUGCUAGCACCGGCUACUUCUGUACCCUCAACACGGUGAACCUGGUUUCCGGGGGGCAGCAGAAGAUACGAACCUUGCUUAACAGUGCCACCCAAAUUACGAUAAUCAAAAUAGAGCACCUCAUAGUGCCGGUGACGGCCGCCGGAAAGAAUCUGCUCAGUUUAUCGACCAUCGCGCACAGCAUCUUCUAUCAACGGUACCUUGAGGCGGAAUUUCUGGUCCCCUCGGGGACGGUGUUUAUGGAAAUUUCGGUCAAAAAUGCGCCCAAUCUGCGCUCGUUUAUCAUCGGUGAGGAUUGCCAGGUAACGGUACUGACCCUCGAGCAGACAUCGCUCGAUCGCAUCCCACCGACGGUCGGUACUAUGCGAAAGUUGGCGCAACUGCGACUGAUCAACAAUAAGCUGACCCGGCUGCAGCUAGAUGUCCUCACCCGGACGCACGAUCUGUUGCGGUUGGAUGUGUCGAAGAAUCAGAUUGCGCAGCUUCUCACGAGCAGCAGCACCUGGGGCAAUUCGGCUGCGGCUGGGAUCGCGCUCACUUGGCUGGAUCUUUCGGACAACGUGCUAGAGUCCAUAGAUUUGGCCAUGUUUGCACCGCUCACACGCCUAGAACGGCUCAUGGUGCUACGGAACCGCUUGGUGCGCCUUGGAUCGUCAAACCCGAUCAUGCUCCCUUCGCUAAAGUUUCUAAUGGUGGAGCAGAACAACCUGACCACCCUGAACUGGGACGGACUGGUCCGGCUGCCAAAGCUGGGCGUACUGUCGCUCAGUAAGAACGGCUUCGAAGAUGUGCCGAAAAGCUGGGGAACGCUCAACGAUCUGUACGCCGUCAUGAUGGAAAACAAUCGGGUGCGUACGUUCGAUUUGGUCGCACUCCGUCCUCUCCCAACACUGCAGCAGAUCUAUUUGCCGCGGAAUCAAAUCACAUCGGUUCAGUUCAGUGGAACGAACUGUGAUCUGCCACCACUGAACACCAUCAAUCUGUCGACGAAUCAAAUCAAAUCGUUCAACAUACGAGGCUGCCCAUUGCCGAAGCUUUCCUCGCUAAUGCUGUCCUCCAACCAGCUACAGGCGGUACCGGCAUCGGUUCUCAAGAGCGAACUGAACUUGAGCGUGCUCAUGAGCCUCAAUCCACUGCGCUGCACCAAUCUCAAACAGUACACCCGGCAAAUAAUCGACAAUACGCUGUAUACGGACUUCCUGAUGCACGGCAUAACCUCUUGUCCCAAUGGGUCGUUCUUCAUCGCGGAAGUCAACCGGACGGUAUGCUGUGUGGACAAACCAUAG